CAGCAUGUCCGCUGGUUCCCCCGUAGCUCGCCCCACUGGCCGUGGCUCCCCCCCGCGGCCCGCCCGCUCCGCUCCGGUAGUCCAGCUCGGGGUUUCAGGCGCAGAGGCUCAGGAGCUACAAACUGCUCCGUUCUCGUCCCGCAACUCUGCAGCAAGUGGAUCAGAAGGGGAGAUAGUUUGAUACACAACACAGGAGCGAACAUUAACGGUUUGCUGCAGCACCGCGGGUGGAUGUGCGCACAGAGAUGCAGGCCUCACUGGUAGUGCUCCUCAUCGUCCUAGCUGCUGCCGUUGGCCAGGAACCUGACCAGAGCCAUGGCUGUGCACUUGGCAGCUGUUACCCAGCAACGGGGGACUUGCUAGUUGGACGAGAGAAGUACCUGAAGGCCUCGUCCACAUGUGGGAUGAGGAGAAAGGAGCCUUACUGCAUUGUCAGUCAUCUUCAGGAUGAGAAGAAGUGCUUCGAAUGUGAUUCCAGACGGCCAUAUGACCCCGUCUACAACACCAUCAAUCACCGGAUAGAGAAUGUUAUCGCCACCUUCAAACCUCACCGCAAGAAAUCCUGGUGGCAGUCAGAAAAUGGAAAGUCAGAUGUUUUUAUCCAGCUGGACCUAGAAGCGGAGUUUCAUUUCACUCAUCUGAUUAUGACCUUCAAGACCUUUCGUCCGGCGGCCAUGCUGAUUGAACGUUCAGCAGAUUUUGGUCGUUCCUGGCAGAUCUACCGCUACUUUGCCCACGACUGCACUGCUGCCUUUCCUGGAGUCUCCCAGGGUUCAUUGCGUAACAUUAAUGAUGUCAUCUGUGAGUCACGCUAUUCUGACAUUGAGCCAUCAACAGAGGGAGAGGUCAUCUACAGAGUGUUGGAUCCAGCCAUCAAGAUUGAGGAUCCGUACAGCCCAAACAUCCAGAACCAACUGAAGAUCACCAACUUGAGAGUGAACUUCACCAAACUUCACACACUGGGAGACAACCUGCUGGACCCCAGAGUUGAAAUCAAAGAAAAGUAUUACUACGCCAUAUAUGAGCUUGUCGUACGCGGAAACUGCUUUUGCUAUGGACACGCCUCAGAGUGCGCCCCCAUCGAUGGCAUAAGGGAUGAUAUAGAAGGAAUGGUUCAUGGCGGGUGUGUGUGUAACCAUUACACCAAAGGUUUGAACUGUGAGCAGUGUGAAGACUUCCACAAUGACCUGCCCUGGAGACCAGCUGAGGGACGCAACACAAAUGCCUGCAAGAAAUGUAACUGUAAUGGCCACUCAACCUCCUGCCACUUUGACAAUGCGGUGUAUUUGGCCACGGGCAAAAUCAGCGGAGGAGUGUGUGAUGAGUGUCAGCACAACACCAUGGGACGCAACUGUGAGAUGUGCAAACCUUUCUAUUACAAAGAUCUCAAUAAGGAUAUCAGGGAUCCACGAGUCUGUGUAGCUUGUGACUGUGACCCAGAUGGUUCUCAGAAUGGAGGGCUGUGCGACAGCCAUACUAACCCUUCCCUCAGCAUGGUGGGAGGUCAGUGCCGCUGCAAGGCCAAUGUCGAGGGGCAGCGGUGCGACAAGUGUAAGACUGGCUUCUUCGGCCUGAGCGCUGACCACCCGCAGGGCUGCCAACCUUGCCGGUGUGACCCUAGAGGAACAGUGUCAGGCAGCUCCCAGUGCGACCCAGUCAGUGGAGACUGCUUCUGCAAGCGUCUUGUCACCGGACGCGGCUGUGACCAGUGUUUGGCAGAACACUGGGCGCUGAGCCACGACCUGAGCGGCUGCAGAGGCUGUGAGUGUGACAUUGGAGGAGCCCUGGACAACCAAUGUUCCAUGGAGAGCGGCCAGUGUCGCUGCCGCAGUCACAUGACAGGGCGCCAGUGUGCACAGGUGGAGUCAGGAUAUUUCUUCAUGACUCUGGACUACUUCCUUUAUGAGGCUGAGUUGGCAAACAUGGGGCAGGGCAGUACACUGGAGAUCAGGGAGCACCAGCCGGGUCGCCCCGCCACCUGGACUGGCAUUGGGUUCGCACGAGUACCUCAGGGUGGCACCCUGGAGUUUCUCAUCAGUAACAUCCACUAUUCCAUGGAAUAUGAACUGCUUAUCCGCUACGAGUCACAGAUGCCCAGGGACUGGGAGGAGGUGCGAAUAACAGUGAUCCGCCCAGGGCCGAUUCCUACCAGCAGCCCCUGUGGAAACACUAUCCCAGAUGAUGACAGACUCACUGUCUCCCUUCCAGCUGGAGCCAGGUUUGCGGUCCCUCAUCAGCCUGUGUGCCUGGAGAAAGGGGUGACUUACACCCUCCGCUUUGAGUUCAGACGCUACCAGGAUGCCAACAUUAUCCUCAACGGCGCGGCCAAUGCUUUCCUCCUUGUGGACUCAAUUGCCUUGAUGCCACGUCACUCCUCCAUGGAGAUGUUCAGUGCAGGGGAUCAAGCCUCAAACUACAGGAAACAGACCUAUGAGCGGUACCGCUGCCACGAGGUGGCAAAGAGUGUGACCCGCCCACUGAUGAGUGACAUUUGUGCCAAGCUAAUCACCAGCAUGUCAGCCAUCAUAAAUGACGGGGCUCUACCUUGUAAUUGCGACCUUCAGGGGUCUAUCAGCUCCAUAUGUGAUGUCCGCGGGGGCCAGUGUCGCUGCAGGCCCAAUGUGAUUGGCCGGCGCUGUGACCAGUGUGCCCCAGGGACUUAUGGCUUUGGACCCUCAGGCUGCAUAGCCUGCAGUUGUAGCUUGGAAGGCUCUGUGACUCAACUUUGUGACAAGUUCACCGGUCAGUGCCACUGCCGCCCGGGAGCCUUUGGUCAGCAAUGUGAUGGAUGCCAGGCGGGUCACUGGGGCUUCCCCAGCUGCCGACCCUGCCAGUGUAAUGGCCAUGCAGACCAGUGUGACCAGAGGACUGGAGUCUGCAUCAACUGCAGGGACAACACUGGAGGGGACAAGUGUGAGAGGUGUGCCAAUGGUUACUAUGGCAACCCAGUUCUGGGGAUAGCGUCUGGUGGUCAGUGUCGUCCGUGUCCCUGUCCAGACGGUCCAAACAGUGGACGCCACUUUGCUGCUUCUUGUUACCAGGACAACCGUAACAGACAGAUUAUUUGCAACUGUAACCAGGGUUACACAGGUGCUCGAUGUGAGGAAUGUGCCCCAGGUUAUUAUGGCAACCCCUCUCAGCCUGGAGGGCGCUGCCAGCCAUGCCAGUGCAACAACAACAUAGACAUGUCAGACAUGGAUGCAUGCCACAGGCAGACUGGAGAGUGCAUGAAAUGUCUCUACAACACUGAAGGUCCCAACUGUGGUAUCUGCAAGAGCGGAUAUUUUGGGGAUGCUUCUAGACGCAACUGCAGGAAGUGCACAUGCAACUUUCUGGGUACUGAACGCAGCCAGUGUAUGGAGCGUGAAGAUUGUGUGUGCCAGCGCAUCACAGGCCAGUGCCAGUGUCUACUAAACGUCAUAGGUCUGACCUGUGACCACUGUGCCCCCAACCACUGGAACCUGGCCAGCGGGAGGGGCUGUGAGCCUUGUGGCUGCAACCCCUACAACUCUGUCACCUCCUCAUGUAAUGAGUUUACUGGUCAGUGUCAAUGUCGGGAUGGCUUUGGAGGCAAGACCUGCACAGAAUGUCAGGAGAACUACUGGGGAGACCCCAGGACACAGUGUCGAGCAUGUGACUGUGACUGGCGUGGCAUUGAGACCUCUCAGUGCAACCGUGUGACCGGCCACUGUGUUUGCCAGCAGGGGGUAUCCGGUGUCCGCUGUGACCAGUGUGCCAGGGGCUUCUCUGGCCAGUUCCCCAACUGUCACCCCUGUCACCAGUGCUUUGGGGACUGGGAUCGCAUUGUCCAGGACCUGGCAGUGCGCACCAGUUCUCUGGCAAAGCGUGUGCAUGAGAUUCAGACCACUGGGCUUACUGGGCCCUAUGAGAAGGCCUUCAGAGUCCUUGAGGAGAAACUGGCACAAGCUCAGGAAAUUGUUAACAUACGCAAUACUACUGCUGCAGCUGUCACUACCCUCAUGGAGCUUAUUGAACACCUUAGAACACAGAUUGGUGAGACCACUGACAGCCUAAACCACUUGGAAGGAGACCUAACCAUUGUCCAGGACAGCAACUCUGAGGCAAGCAAGGACCUGAGUGCUCUGGAGAGAGAGGCAAAAGAAUUAAACCUCACCUCAACGCAGUUACACCACCAGCUAGACAUUCUCAAAAACUCCAACUUCCUUGGUGCAUAUGACAGCAUCCGUAGCUCCUACAACAAGUCUCAUGAUGCAGAGCGGCGUGCUAAUGAAUCAACAAUUACCAGACCCAGCACUGUCAGUCAAUCUGCAGACACCCGCCGCCGCACUGAACGCCUCAUUGCUGCCAAGAAGGAUGAUUUCAACCGUAAAAAUGCUGCGAACAAGCGUGCUCUGACAGAACUCAACACCAGAACACAGGGCCUGGAUAUGAAGAAGAUCAACGAGAAGGUAUGUGGAGCCCCAGGUGAUGCUCCCUGCGGCGAAAGCCCUUGUGGGGGUGCAGAUUGUCGUGACGAUGAGGGGAACCGUCACUGUGGAGGCCUGAACUGUAACGGUGCUGUAGCAGUAGCUGACAGUGCCCUGGAGAGAGCCAGACAUGCAGAGAAGGAGCUGAACAAGGCUAUGGGAGAGGUGGAGAGACUCUUUAUCAAGGUGGCAGAGGCUAAAACCAAGGCAGAGGAGGCCAAAGGUAAAGCUCAGGCAGCUCUGGACAAAGCCACAGCCACCAAAAGCAAAGUGGAGCGCUCCAACAAUGACCUGAGAGACCUCAUCAAACAGAUCAGAGAGUUCCUCACUCAAGAUGGAGCAGAUCCAGAUAGCAUCGAGGCAAUAGCAAAUCGUGUGUUGGAGCUCUCUAUCCCUGCUUCGCCCCUUCAGAUCAGAGAGCUUGCUGAUGAAAUCAAGGAGCGAGUUCGCAGUCUUUCGAAUGUGGACGCCAUCCUGAAACAGACACAGGAUGAUGUCCGCAAGGCAGAGCAACUGCUGCUGGAUGCCAAGAGGGCAAGGCAUCGUGCAGAGGGGGUAAAGACCACAGCAGAGACAGUAAAACGGGCCUUGGUGGAUGCUAAGACUGCCCAGACAUCAGCAGAGAAGGCAAUAGCAAGAGCCAAAGCUGACAUUGGGGAGACUGAGUCCCAGCUGGCACAGAUUGAGUCGGAGAUGUCCAACAGUGAGGACAACCUGAAAGAUGCCAUGGACCGCAUGCGCUCACUGGGGCGUGAGAUCAAUGUCCUGAAGACGAAACGUGCCAGCAACAGCAUGGCAGCAGCCCGAGCUGAAGAGACAGCCACCAUGGCGCGAGACAAGGCAAACGAAGCCAAGCAGAUUCUAGACGGCCAGCUGACAGAUAAAUACAAUGAGGUGCAGCAGCGGGUUGACACCAAGGCCAAGGCUGUGCAGGAUGCCAAGAAAAGGGCUCAGAGGCUCAGAGUUGAAGCAGAGCAACUACUGAGAGAUGCCCAGAACAAGCUGAAGAGACUAGCAGAACUGGAGAAGAAUUAUGAGGAGAAUCAGAGGAAGCUGGAAGGGAAAGCUCGUCAGCUGGAUGGACUGGAGGACAGAAUGAAAGCCAUCCUCAAUGACAUCAACAAACAGAUCCAAAUCUACAACACAUGCCAGUAAAUCACUACUCCAUAUUAUAAAGAAACAGAUCCGUCGUCAUGUGAUUCUGCCAUUUCCUUUGGCAAAAAAUAAAAGAUAAGGGCUACAUGGUUGCAAGUAUUUAAAAAUGAUUACUAUCAUAUUGAGGUAUAUAAACAUACCUAAGACUGAACAUAGUCUAAUAUUGUUUUAUUUUAAUUAUAAUUUGUGUGCAUUAUUUUAGCUUUUAUCUUUCAUUUGUCUUUGAAUAUGAAAAAGGAAAAUUAUAUUUUACCAAGCUCAAUAAUAUGCAGAUUUUGCUGGAAGCAAUACAUUGCAAGCAAGCUGUAGUUUAAACGUUUAGUUUUUUUCUUAAUUAGAGCGACAGCUGCAUAAUCAGUGUGUCAGCAUCCCCAUUUUUCUAUGAAAUCUCUUACUACUGAGCUGUGCUCACCACAAGAGAACUUCAUUGAAUUGCAGUGGACAAUGUCUUCUUAAAACAGGAAACAAUAACUUUGUGGUACAUGAGGACAAAAUGAGAGUGAAAAUAUAUUUUAUUUUUGGUAACAAUCAGUGAAACGUGUAAAUGGUAAGGCUUUAAAUAAUUUUUUUGAUUUUUUUAAAAUUAGUUUUCAAAGAAACCAAAGUACAGACAUGCAGUAUGUGUAUUGACAUUAGGCCCUAGUCCCCCUGUAGUUUUAAUUACAUGACUUUUCAGUAAGAAUGAAGACAUGAACACAUUUAUUGCAUUUAAGUGAAUUUUAAAUAAAUAAAUAAAUAAAAAACUGUGGUGCUAGGAAGCAAAUACAGUAACAGGGAAACAAAUUGUAUAUGGCUACUUUAUGUGAAAAUAAAAUGAACUGUUUGACUUGGUAAGCCAAUAGAAACCUGCCCAUACACCACCUCUGUCCGAUACUACACAGUAUACAGAUACUAGGGAUAAUGGAGAGAGCAUGAGCUAUCUGUGUAUGCCAGCAGCAGAGCUCUAGGGAUACCAGAAUCGAUUGUCCCUUCAGUCUGUAUGUCAGUGAACUUUGGUCCAGUGUCACCUGUCAGACAGAACUGGUGAAGCAAGAAGAGAUUUUGGUUUACUGUAGCUGAGUCUGAUGUGUUCUGAAGUGGUCACUGUACCAAGGAUAGACCCUUUUGGGUAAAAGAAAAAAAUGGCAUUCCCUGUGGUACCCUUGAAUAAACUUAAUGGAAUUGUUUGACAGUUGGAGAAAAUCAAUACCUCUGUCAGACAUGUCCAUUUAGUAUGAACAUGGAGCAGAGAAAUGGUUAGCUUAGCUCAGAAAGAGAGUGGAGACUGGGGAGCAACAGUGAACCAUGAUUUGUCCAAAGAUAAAAAGAAAAUCACCCUACCAAAGCCUGUAAAGCUCAUUAAUGAACAUAUUAACCACUGGAGACUCAAGCAAGUUGCUUUUGCUGGCCAAGAAACAGAUAAACUAUUAAUUUAAAUCAUUGCCAGGAUUGAUUUUUGUUAAUUGCAAACUUGUAAUGCAAAGAUUGUGAAUGUUUGUUUAUCAAAUAUACUGUGAUGGAAAAUGUACAAUCUGCAGUAAUUGCUGCCUCACUGAAGUCACAAAGUAUUCUACAGUAUGUACAGUGUUUAAUUGUGCCUUAUACUGUGCCAGUAUUUUGAACAUUUACUCAUGUACUGUUUGCAUAACAUAACAAACCAGAAAGCUUUAUAUACAGUACAUAUGUCUCCCAGACCACCUAUUACCUGGCAGCCAAGAUUUUGAUAAUUCAUUGCCAAAGUAAAAAUACCAAAAGAGCCUUAUGUAAAGUUUUACACUGUACAG